AUGUCUACGGCCCGUCUCAGCGCCAACGCCUCUACUCGCGUCUUUUCCUACUCUAGCCGCUCCUACUCGUCCCUCUCCGCCCGCGUCGCUCGCACCCCAGCAGCUUCGCGCUCCAGCAUCCAGAGCUCCUCGUCGCUUCUGGCCACCGCAGCCCGCUCCAACGCCCUCGCCAGCCAUUCCGCCUCGCUCUCGUUCGGUGUCCAGAGCCGCCUCUUUUCUAGCACCAUGACUGCCGCAGAGAAGCAGCUCCGACCUCUUGGCCCCGGCCUUUGCGUUUGGAGUCUGGCAGUGUCCGCGCCUCGUGGCUCCCCCUUUUUCUCCGCGCCCCGACAGCUGGGUCGUACGAGGCCGCCUGCCUAG